AGGAGGUUGGCCAAAACAACCACCAGUUGCCCACCAUGUCCUCAGUUGCACCUCCUCAAGUCUGCAAAUUUGCGAGGGGGGGUUGUGACCGCCUUUUUCGUAGCUAUUAUAGACUCUUGUCAGUUUCCAUCUUGACGUCCAGCGCCCGAAAUUCGACCAGCGAGACCAAGUGUGGAUUCCGUGCUGAAAAUCUGCUGGGGGUGACUUACAAUGGGGCGAAACAGAACAGCACCUGGACACGCCGAUCGCCGAAAGUAAAACACUUGGGUGAUGAUUUGAAUGCCCGAGAGUCGCAGUGGGGUGCGGUUUCAAGUCGCGGUGAACGGGAAAAAGGAUAUGGUUCUUUGCCAGAUGAUGGCGUAAGGUUUGAACCCAGGGAAAUUAGGCGUCGGCUGCCAUCAAAAAAAGAGAUUACCAAACCUGCAGCAGAAAGUCCAGAACCAAAGGACGGGAGUUCGCAUACUCCACCUACUAGACCAAGGAGACGGAAAAGAUUGCCAUGGGAAGGCAGUGAUCCGAUUGAGCAGUUAGAUCCCCUUACAGUCGAACGUCCCCACCUCCUUUUGUUUUCCAGGCUGACAGAUGCUUUCCAAAGUGAUCCAACCCGUUUCGUGGACUGGCUCGCUGGUCUGAACGACGCAGCUGGUACGAUAUACUUUAAACGUGGAGAGGGCUGGCCCCGGCAUGUAUGGGAGAUCGUUUUGCCCGCCAUCGAAGUGAGCGCGCUGUAUUAUAUUAAGAUGAUGGUCCGGUACAGCGUCGUACGAAGCCUUCCAGAUGGAAACAUGGUAUGGCGAUGCUACGAACCUCAUGGACUGCUAAGGAUGGCACGCUUGCUGCAAGGGCGAUCUUGGAUACCAGAACGACAGGCGGAAAUUUCGCGCCUGUGCAGAGAACUGGGGCAUCCUGAAUUAUUUUGUCGACCAAACACCGCCCCACGACUUGGUGACCACUGGUUCACGGGCUUUUUUGAGGCUAGGGGUCGGCUUAGGGUAGACACUGGGGCGCAGGCCGUAUAUGCUGAAGUCAAAUGGCACGAACCCGAGACGCUAAAGUACAUACAGGAAGUAUUGGGUGCUGGUGAAGUCCUUGAAGACUCAGCAGGCGACAAAAAGGAUGCCUCCUGGUGGUCAGCCCCUGCCGCACGAAAGUCUUCUGAGACACCUAAGCAGGAAAAACUUUUCCGUACGCGCAGAACCUCGUCUAAAAAGGACCGCCAUACUCCCGCGAAGCCAGUAACGUCCCAUUCGGCAUGGAAGCUUCGCAUCGAGGGACGGAUGGACACAGCACUUUUGAAGAAACAUUUUGAUUCCGCCCCUUUCAAAGGCAGUCAAGCUAUCGAUUUUGUCAAGUGGAAUCGUACAAUGUUGUUUUUGGACCGUGGGUAUCAACGCCCCACAGCGACAAAGCGUGGUAGUGCGAAAUUAGAACGAUUAGAGACGUCACUGAAUAAUCGGUUGCCUGACGUGGCCACCACGACGGGAGUAACUCCCCAUCCGGUAGUUUUAGCAUCGUGGGAUGGUCCAGGUGGGGAAAGUACCCGUGAUCGCGAAGCUUUAGAUGCAAAUGGAUGGAUAGAACAAGUAGAUGAGGAAAGUUUGCGAAGAACCACAGGUCGAACAAAACCGAACGUAGGCGAACCUGGUUAUGUGGAACCGGACCCGAAUGAGGUGGAAGCACCGAAAAUGACGAAACGCGAAAAGACUACGCAGAAGAAAGCUAUCAAGAGAGAGGGGAAGAAGCGGCGAGCUGACGUGGUGCUUGCUGCGAAAGAGAGCAUGUUGACUGGUGAAUGGGUUGAUGAGACGGAAUUGGAGGGCUGGGCAAAAGUGGCAACUGACGUGCCAACCCAAUCAAAUAGCCAGUAGGUGCAUCGAUAUUGCAUUUACACACAUACACACAUAUUUAUAUAACGAGAGCUAUCCAAGCCAUCUGAUCUACCGUAACAGCGCAUAACACAAUUGAGCUAAUAAUUUCAGCAUGUGCAAUCAGCAACAGGUUCACUCUGCACCUUUCGCAAUA